AUAGCGACGUGCCGGGCUGCCGCAACCGCACCUGCGCCUGCGCCGCCGCCCCCGUCCCUCCCCCCCACCCCGCGGCCGGUGGGCGAGCGGCGGCCCCGCGGGGCUCGGCGAGGCGAUGAGCGGGUAGCGGCGGUCCGAGGGUCCCUCGGAAGGCCGAGAGCGGAGUAACUGCAUGCCAGGAUGGCAACUUCAAACCUGGAGAAUCAGCUGCACAGCGCCCAGAAGAACCUCUUGUUUCUCCAGAGAGAACACGCCAGCACCCUGAAGGGCCUGCAUGCUGAGAUCCGGCGCCUGCAGCAGCACUGCACAGACCUAACCUAUGAGCUGACUGUGAAGAGUUCAGACUUGUCAGGAAGCAUUAGUUCAAGAAGUGAUGAACUCAAAAGAAAGUGUGAAGAUCUUGAAGCUCAGCUGAAAGCCAAAGAGGCUGAAAAUAACGAAUUAUUGAAAGAACUUGAACAAAAGAACGCAAUGAUAAUGGUGCUGGAAAACACUAUUAAAGAAAGAGAAAAGAAGUAUUUGGAAGAGUUAAAAAUGAAAAGCCAUAAGCUCAAUAUGCUGUCAAGUGAACUAGAGCAGAGAGCAAGCACUAUCGCUUAUUUAACUUCUCAACUGCACGCUACUAAGAAGAAGCUGAUGAGUUCAAGUGGGACUUCGGAGGGGACCCCUUCAGGCAGUCCAGUGUUGUCCAGCUAUAAGCCAGCCCCUCCCAAAGAUAAACUGCCUGAGACUCCACGGCGCAGAAUGAAGAAGAGUUUGUCAACACCGCUCAACCCGGAGUUUGAAGAGGCCUACAGAAUAGGGUCGGAUAGUCGGAAGCUGCUGUUAAGAGAGCAUGUGGAUGCCAUGCCUGAUCCCACUCCGUUUCUGUUGGCCAGAGAAACGUCAGAGGUCCACCUCAUUAAGGAGAGGCCACUGGUUAUUCCACCCAUUGCUUCGGAUCGAGCAGCCGGUGAAUCGCACAGCCCGGCCCGAGAGAAGCCGCACAAGGCGCACGUUGGCGUGGCGCAUCGCAUCCACCACGCUGCGCCCUCCCAGCCUCAGCCGGAGGUUGAAACGCUGGCGGUGGAUCAGGUCAAUGGAAGCAAGGUGGUCAGAAAGCACUCAGGGACGGACAGAACUGUUUGAGUCAAAUCACUGCUGCCCUAUUCUGUUGCUGUUUAUGCACUGUGAUCCCAUAGGAUAAAUAGCACCUGCAGUAAAGUUUCUUUUGAUGCCCCAUGCAUGCCAAACUUCUUCCAGAUACAUCAUUAAUAGAUUAUCCUCCUCUAUUGAAACCUACUAGGACUGUGUUCAUAUGGCAAGG